CAUCCCCAACGCUGGGGCGACACUCCUCCUAUUCCCGCGUCCAAUUAGUUAUUUUGGUCUGGCCCUUUAAGACGCAGCAGCGGGUCAGCAAGUAGUGUAGUGUUUCUCUAAUUGAACUUCGCCCAAUCAACAAUAACUAGUUAGCAGUUGCUUUCUUUUUCUUGUUCCUUGAGACAGCUUAUUCCUCGCAGGAAUCGCCCCCAGCCACUACCCGUUAUACUUUCUAAAGAUCUUAAUGGAACUUCGCAGAGGAACUUUCUCUCUCUGGAAGGGAAUACAAUUCGGUUGCCUGUGAAACUGCAGCCUACGCCCGAAGCAUGGUUAUUUUGGAGAAAACAUUUCAGACAAGUGAAGUUGCAAGAUUCGACUGAAAGUGAUUAAAAAAAAGUGGGUUGUGAAGAAGCUUCGAAUCGAAGGAAACACUCGUGGACGUUUAAACUAGCAUUUGAAUGAAAUAACCAGCCUUUGUCAGCAGUAAUUCCAUUGGACUGCCGAUGACCUCCAGUAAAGACAUGAAGGCAGGCUCCGUGUUGCAGUCCAGCAGCGAGGAGAGGAGACGGGGUCCUUUGGACCAGCUUCCACCCCCGGCCAACUCCAACAAGCCACUGACGCCGUUCAGUAUCGAGGAUAUUCUAAACAAACCCUCGGUGAAGAAAUCAGUUGCUAAUCUCUGUCCACCGAGAGUUAUUGAAAAAGUGUCCGGCUCAAACGCAGCAAGGAACGGUAUUACCACUCCUUCUUCGCCGUUAUGCGCUCUGGAGGAACUAGCCAGCAAAACAUUUAAAGGUCUGGAAGUCAGCGUUAUACAAGCAGCUGAAGGUCGUGAGCAUGUGAACGCCUUUGGACAGAGGCAGACCUCAAAAAAGAGGAGAAAGUCCCGGACAGCUUUCACCAACCAUCAGAUAUAUGAACUCGAGAAGCGCUUUUUGUACCAGAAAUACCUGUCCCCGGCCGACCGAGACCAGAUAGCUCAGCAACUGGGGCUAACCAACGCUCAGGUCAUCACCUGGUUUCAGAACAGACGGGCCAAGCUCAAGAGAGACUUGGAAGAGAUGAAAGCGGACGUGGAGUCGCUCAAGAAAAUACCACCACAAACCCUGCAAAAGCUAGUCACCAUGGAAGAAGACAUUGACGACCAGCAAGGAAGCAUCUCCCCGUCGUCACAAGGACACCGAGCAUUUCCACAGUCCCCCUCUUCAUCCAGAGAUCAAACCACGGACGAAUUCUCAGAGGAGGACGAAGAGAUUGAGGUGGACGAUUGACAGUAGGCCCAUGUUUUAAGAAAGGGCAUUUUUAACUUUUGCACGGAUAUUGACGGCGGGAGAAGUGAAACUAAAAAAAAGGAAAGUUUACUUUCUCCUCUUCUCCAUUUUAAUUUAUUAAUAGGACUGUAAAGUCUUCUGUUUCAAUUUCACCAAAUUAUUUGAGGAAUAGCCUACAUCUUUAUUUUAAUUGGAUAUGAAAAAUACUCAGUGUUUUGGUACAGGAUCAUGACUGCAAAAUGUGUAUGUACAUUUAA